CUGCAAUGUUGUAUGCUGUAGGGGAGAAUAAUGUUGAAUGUUGUCGAGCUCUGAUAGACCAUGGUGCUGACAUUAAUGCCAGUGACAUAUAUGGGAAAACUGCAUUGAUGUAUGCUGUAGGGGAGAAUAAUGUUGAAUGUUGUCGAGCUCUGAUAUACCAUGGUGCUGACAUUAAUGCCAGUGACGAGGAUGGGCAGACUGCAUUGAUGUUUGCAGUAAUGCUAUAUGGGAAAACUGCAUUGAUGUAUGCUGUAGGGGAGAAUAAUGUUGAAUGUUGUCGAGCUCUGAUAUACCAUGGUGCUGACAUUAAUGCCAGUGACGAGGAUGGGCAGACUGCAUUGAUGUUUGCAGUAGAGAAUAAUAAUGUGGAAUGUUGUCGUGCUCUGAUAGACCAUGGUGCUGACAUUAAUGCCAGUGACAUGUAUGGGAAGACUGCAAUGUUGUAUGCUGUAGGGGAGAAUAAUGUUGAAUGUUGUCGAGCUCUGAUAGACCAUGGUGCUGACAUUAAUGCCAGUGACAUAUAUGGGAAAACUGCAUUGAUGUAUGCUGUAGGGGAGAAUAAUGUUGAAUGUUGUCGAGCUCUGAUAUACCAUGGUGCUGACAUUAAUGCCAGUGACGAGGAUGGGCAGACUGCAUUGAUGUAUUCUGUAGAGAAGAAUAAUGUGGAAUGUUGUCGUGCUCUGAUAGACCAUGGUGCAGACAUCAAUGUUAGUGACAGUGAUGGGAAGACUGCAUUGAUGUAUGCUGUAGAGAAAUAUAAUAUGGAAUGUUGUCGGGUUCUGAUAGACAUUGGUGCAGACAUCAAUGUUAGAGACAGUGAUUGGAAGACUCUAUUAAUGAUUGCUGCAGAGAUGAAUAAUUUGGACCUUUGUAGUUUUCUGAUAUGCAAUGGUGCAGACGUUAAUGCCAGUGCCAGUUUUGGGCAGACCGCAUUGAUUCUUGCUGUGGCAAAAAAUAAUACGAGAUGUUGUCUUGCUUUGAUAAAUGGAGGUGCAAACGUUGAUGCCAGUGUUAGGAGUGGGGCUACUGCAUUGAUGCUUGCUGCAAGGGAGAAAAAUUUGAAGUGCUGUGUCGCUCUGAUUAGCAACGGUGCAAACGUUAAUGCCAGUAGCAAGAGUGGGAAAACUGCAUUAAUGGUCGCUGUAGGGAAGAAUGAUAAUUUCGUAUGCUGCAAAGCUCUGAUACACAGUGGUGCAGAUGUCAAUGCCAGGGACGAACAUGGGAAGACAGCAUUGAUGUACGCUGUAGAGUUGAAUUACGGGGACUGCUGUCGUGCUCUGAUAGACCACGGUGCGGACAUCAAUGGUAGUGACGAGGAUGGGACGACUGCAUUGAUGCUUGCUGUAGAAAAG